CCGCAAACCUAGAAGUCACUAAGUCAAUUCAAAAUGGUUGCGAGAAGUGAGGUAAUUGAGAUAGUGGAAGAUACGGCGGCGAAAUGUUUGAUGUUGUUAUCAAGAGUUGGAGAAUGCGGCGGUUACGGAGGAGGAGAGAAACGUGUUUUCCGAUGCAAGACUUGUCUUAAAGAGUUCUCAUCGUUUCAAGCUUUAGGAGGUCAUCGUGCAAGUCACAAGAAACUCAUUAACAGUCACGAUAUAUCACUUCUUGGAUCAUUGUCUAACAAGAAGACUAAAACGAUGACGUCGCAUCCUUGUCCGAUAUGUGGCGUGGAGUUUCCGAUGGGACAAGCUCUUGGUGGUCACAUGAGGAGACAUAGGAACGAGAAAGGUUCCGGUACGUUGGUUACACGUUCUUUUUUACCGGAGACGACGACUACGGUGACGACUUUGAAGAAAUGGAGUAGUGGGAAGAGAGUGGCUUGUUUGGAUUUGGACUUGGAUUCGAUGGAGAGUUUGGUCAAUUGGAAGUUGGAGUUGGGAAGAACGAUUUCUUGAUUCGUUUUCUUGCUUUAUGUUUUUAGUUUUAUAGAUAAAACAUACAGUUUCACAUGGUUUUGUAAUCUUUGUUGAUCCAUUUAUAUAUCUUACCGAUCGAUGUGUAUAUUAUUUUGAUAUAUACUAUCGGAGUUUACUUUCA